AUGGAGGCAGCCAAGUGGGGGCAGAGGGGGGUCAGCGGAGACUGUGCUGAAUGUGGGCUUCGGCAGGGGCAAAGGGCAAAUGGCAAAGCCGGCCCCAGGGAGAAGGAGCAGCUGCUGGCCUGGGAUCCAUGGAGCUGGGUGAUUGAGAACUGUGUUGCUGCUGCUGGAUUCAGCGUGGGAGAAUUUGCAGCCCUAGUGUUUGCCGGAGCCAUGGAAUUUACUGAAGGUUUGUAUGCGGUGAAAAUCCGAGCUGAGGCCAUGCAGGAAGCUUCAGAAGCUGUCCCCAGUGGGAUGCUGUCUGUCCUCGGCCAGCGUCAGUCCGAGUUCAACUUUGCCUGUUUGGAAGCCCGGGAACACUGCAAGUCUCUAGGCAUGGAGAACCCUGUAUGUGAAGUGUCCAACUACCUCUUUCCAGAUUGCAGGGUGAUUUCAGGACACCGAGAGGCUCUACAGUUUCUCCAGAAGAAUUCCUCUAAGUUUCAUUUCAGACGCGCCAGGAUGUUACCGGUUAGUGGUGCAUUCCACACCCGCCUCAUGGAGCCAGCUGUGGAGCCCCUGACGCAAGUUUUAAAGGCAAUUGACAUUAAGAAGCCUCUGGUUUCUGUCUACUCCAAUGUCCACGGGCAUAGAUACAUGCAUCCCAGCCACAUCCAGAAGCUGCUGGCUCAGCAGGUGGUCUCCCCGGUGAAGUGGGAGCAGACGAUGCAUGCCAUAUAUGAAAGGAAAAAGGGCAGAGAGUUUCCCCAAACUUUUGAAGUGGGCCCCGGCAGGCAGCUGGGAGCCAUCCUGAAGAGCUGUAACAUGCAGGCCUGGAAGUCCUACAGCGCCGUGAAUGUGCUGCAGACCCUCGAACCUGUGGACCUGGACCCUGAGAAGCCCCCGAGAUGACUGCAAGGGGCUCAAAUGGGAUAACGCCCUCUGCCCUCCUGAGGAGAGGCUGUAGGCUGCGCCUGCCACACCCUCCCUUCCUAAUGGCUCCUCCUCUGAGGAGUGAAAGGGAUUUAUUUGCAACGUGCUUUGAAGGCCACAUAAAAAGCCCUAAAAAUGA